AUAGCUAUGGAUACGAUGGUAGCAGUAGUGAGUACGUUGGGUGUUAGGACACAUAUUAUAGAUACACACAAACGUACAAGCGCUCGUUUGGAAAUACUAAGGUUUAAAGGAUAAUCGCUUUGGCGAUUCUUACUACUCGCUAACGAAUAACCUAUAACACCGUAAAUUUCAUUACUCACGUGAUUCUAUUUUACUAAAAAGAGUGAAAAACGUUUUUGUUACUGCAAUAGUCACUAUUGGCUACAAACAAAAGUUAUUUAUAAUUUACUUACUUUAUAACUGAAUGUCAAAACUAAAAAAAAAAAAACAAUUUUAUUGUUACUUUUAAUUUUUCUAUUGCAAAAUGUUCAGGUGACCAUAUUGAUUUGCCUGAUUAUGACACUGAAAAUUAUGAUAAUGAACCCAUUCAAGGUGAUGACGAAACGGAGGAUGAAAAGAGACUAUGGGCAGAUGAAGCACUGUUGGACGUAGCAUUUUACUUGAGAGCCCAUAAGUUUAACGAAUUUGAUCAUAUUAUUUAAAGAUGAACGAGAACAAUUCUUAUUUCUUUGCACAAUUUCCAAUACCACCGUUAGUAACAUUCCACUGGGAAGUAUUUGAAAAAUGCUCCAAAAGCAUAUUUAUCUGUCUCAAGUAUCUUCAUAAUGUAAUAAGUGAAACAAGCUUUCAGAGAGAAUCUUCAACUAAUCAUUUAAUGCGUCAAAUGAAUUGGACAAUGGAAAAUCAUAGUGAAUAUAUCCAUAUGGUAGACAAUGAAUGUUUGCGUUUAAAAAAAUUAGAUUGGACCCGACCGAAUCCUUUUCGUGGUCCAUUGGAUAGGUUUCGUUGGCGAGUGACGGCUAGCUAUUUCAUGUGUUGGUACACAAUGCAGAACAUAUCACUAUUAUCAAUGUUUAACGAACCAUGUGAUGAUAUUGGCGAAUGCUAUCAAUCUGAAUUACUUGAUUUUCGAUCUGACAACUCUAUACCUUAUCAAUGUGCUUUAUAUAGUUUUUGUCCAGAUCCAUGUUGCCCAGUUCGCCGAGUAGUAAAUCCAAGAGAUUGUGAUAUCAAGAAUCCGUGUCGAUUUGCUUUAAAUAAUAAAUGCACGUUUCAUCGUCAUCAAAACUUGGAGUUACCGUCUGUCAUUUACAAUGAAUGGAAUGUGUCAUGUAUUUGCGACACUGGAUAUUUAUGGGACUCCAGGUACGGCAUGUGUAUUGAUGUAAAUGAAUGUUCCGAUGGAUUACAAAAGUGCGAUGAUAAAUCGGAAACUUGUAUAAAUUUACCAGGAAGAUACAAGUGUAUUUGCCGAUGGGGAUACAUGUGGAUUGAUGAUGAACAAGCUUGCGUUGUAGACAUAUCAGUGAAAAAUGCGGAAAUUCGGUUUGGAUUACGAAACGUUCCAAGUAUACAAAAAUCAGAGUCAAUUUCAAUUUAUUCUAACUUUUGGAAUUAUUUAAAAAAUAUAUAUCAAAAGUUUACGAUUUUCAAUUAAAUUUUAUUUUGAACUGUUGUAGCUUUAUAAAAUAUAAUGUUUCUUUUUUUUGUUCUUAGAAAUAAAACAUUUGU